AUGUACGUGUUCAGAUUCACUUCGAAGCUUACCCUCAUCAUGCCUGGAAUAUCCAUAAUCCAAACACACCUUUCAGAGCAACUGCGUCUUUUGGAUGAGCUUUGCUCCUCAGAUCUUUCCAUGUCCUACCGGUACGUUGGGAUUCAUAGUAAGAAGGACAACCGCCACUGCGAGACGCGUGACGACAUGCGCAUCCUCGACCUCAUCGCAGUUUGUUUAACCACUGGAAAACCUGGCGACGUUGUUGCUGCUGCAUUCGACAAACGCGAGCAUGUCAGUCUCGUUCUAGCAAAGAACGGGGAUGUCCUCCCUGCAGACUAUGCGGCCGCACAGACAUUCUUUUCGGACUGGGUGGCGGCCAGAGGUUGGUCAGACCUCCUCCCGUUCCUAGCUAGACACGGCAAGGAAAACUUGGACAAGCGAAUCAGGAAUCUACAUGAAUCUAUUACACACUUCUUUUAG